AUGUCAACUACUGCAGGGGCAUUUAUUGCAGGAGGUCUGGCAGCGUGUGGUGCGGUCACGGUUACACACAGCUUCGAAACAGUUAAAAUCCGCUGCAAGGAGAACUUCAGUCGAAGCGGGAAGCAGUGCGCAAAUACAGGGGCGUUUUCCACGGCGUCAAAGUCAUUCUCCAAAACGAAGGAGCUCGGGGCCUCUUCCGAGGUAUCGGAUCAGCAGGGCUGCAUCGGGUGUCUGGGGGCUGCGCGGAUCUGCUUUUUUCUAGUAAAAACACGACUCCAAUCUUUUUCUCCAUUCCUACCUGUGGGCACACAACAUAAGUAUAGAAACUCAUUCGAUGGACUACGACAAAUUUACAUGGGUGAGGGUGUGAAAGGUCUAUAUCGCGGCGUUUAUGCAGCUAUGGUCCGUACUGGAUUUGGCAGCUCCGUACAGCUUCCUACAUAUUUCUUCGCAAAAAGACGGUUAAUAAAACAUCUUGGAAUGGAAGAUGGCCCUGCAUUACAUCUGGCAAGUAGCACCUGCAGCGGCUUUGUCGUCUGUUGUGUUAUGCAUCCUCCUGAUACCAUCAUGUCGCGAAUGUAUAACCAAACCGGAAAUCUCUACAAGGGUGUAUUCGACUGCCUAUACAAGACCAUCAGCACAGAAGGAGUUCUUGCAAUAUACAAAGGGUACUUCGCUCAUUUAGCACGUAUUCUACCCCAUACGAUUUUAACCCUGAGUUUGGCCGAGCAAACCAAUAAACUUUUGCGGAGAGUAGAAGACCGCAUUAUACCGGAUUCGAUCAGGGAAAAAAUAUAG